AUGGACGGUCGCAAACAGCAUUGCUGGGAGUGUCGUCGUCGCUGCCUCGUGUGCGACUCCACGCAACCAGCAUGCAACAGGUGCAGUGCUUCUGGCACACUGUGUCCGGGAUACGGCCCCGUCAAACCAGCCAGGAUCAGAUGGGUAGAGCCCGGUAAGGUCAGUUCUCGAGGCCGCCGAGGCGCCAAGGCGGCGUCGGGGCACCACACGGAGCGCUCGAAGACGGAGGCGGCUGCAGGAGAGCUCAUUCAAACAAGCCAUGCGAUGACACUUGGACCCGAAUUGAAGACCGGAGCUGAGCAUCUAGCUCAGGCGGCACAUUACUUUAAUGACUGCAUCUACAAAGAUUUAGUGCCCAUCACCCAGCUGGGAAAAAAUCCACAUGUGUACUCAAUCACUCCCGCUCUCCUCCAGCAAGCAGUCAAGUCACCCAGCUACUUGCAAUUUGGCAUGGUGUGCAUGACGCUAAAUCACCGGAUGAACCAAAUGCGGCACAGCCAGUCGAAAGCUCUAUCGGAAAGGUUCUAUCAUUAUCGAGGCAUGGCCAUACAAUCGCUGAGUGAGAGCAUUGGCGUGGAGAGGCACAACACCGAGGACGUUGUUCUUGCCGGUGUUCUGACACUCUUGCUGGUAGAUGCAAGUGCCCCUCACGUCCAGCACGGUGCAUCGCUUGGCUGGCGAUGGCACCUAGACGGGAUUCACAAAAUCAUCAACCUUCGUGGUGGAUUUCCGACUAUGGUCCGGUCAAAGGCCCUCCAGCCUCUCGUUGCAGUGUUCGGCAACACAACAUGUCCGGCUUCUGAUCUCGCCAUGACUGAGUUCCACCUCGAAUCUGUGCCCAUGGUGCUUGAACAGUACAGCGCGGCCACAUCACCGUUUCAUUUGUGCCCUCCGCUCCUGUUUGCGGAGAUCAUGAGGGUCAAUCACCUUCGUCAUCUUUCCAUGAACCAUGAAGGAAUCGCAGGCCUUUCACAACAAGCCAAUGAUAUUCUUCAGCGUAUACAAAACUUCUCACCUGAACAAUGGGCGGAGACCAAGCACAGUACUAAAGAUGUGUGGGCUCUUGUGGGCAACGCCUAUCGACUCGCCGCGGGGCUGUACUGCAUGCUGUCGAUGCAGAGCUCGUCGGUAUUCCCCAGGACAACAUUGUUACGCGAUCUCUCCACCUCAACCGGCCGUGAUCUUCGGCGAGUAUUGACGGGAGCUCUUUCCCGCCGUGAGAUUAAUAGGUUCAUGCUCUGGCCACUGGUCACGCUCGGCGUACAGGCUAAGAGUGACGCAACGAUGCGUGGAUAUGUGUCUCGCGAGCUGACAAGUUUGAGCUCCAGGAUAGGCACCUGUUCGCCUCUUACGGCAAAAAAUAUUCUUGAAAGGUUCUGGGCGUCUGGCGAAGACUGCUGGGAUGCCUGCUUUGACAGGUCAUAUGUGUUUACCAUGCAAAUCGCCGUAGAUACAAGCCAGAUAAUAGCUUCUCUGUAA